GAGAAAUUUAUCCUUUACUGCCGUCAGUGAGCAUCUUGGAGCCGUUUUGGACAGCUCUCUAGUGAUCGACGGGAUGGACAGUCAAAUUGGCAACCAGCGCGUGGUCCUACCCGGCAGCGGCUGGCUGUAUAGAGCCGCAUCGCAAUGGAGCCGAUUGCAAUUCGAUUCUCGUUCUCUAUCCAGGAUGCCCGCGCUCGCGAUUACAAUCGACUACUUUGGCCUCAAGGCAGAAUACAUGAAGAUCCACAGGGAACAAGCUGGCGACUUCCUCGAGACGAUCCUUGCUGAGGAUCUCACAACACUUGACUUCUCGCCUCCGAGGCAGGUCUGGCUCGUCGAUUGGGAGCACGCUCGACUCAUGUGCUACUGGAAGUCGAAGGGUGACGAUGGGUUACGGGUCAUCAAACAUCUACGGUCAAGGACCCAAGCAGUGCGCAAGGAUCCCGCACUCCUUCAGGUUUUGAACAUCGCGCGAAUUCAAGUGGUACCACACGCAAGCCUACCUGCGUCUCGUGUACCUCGGACUCCUGACGCCAAUGCUACUGUUUCGAAGUCAGCCGAGCUUCUCGUCAGGGGACUGUCUACCGCCAAUCCCGGACAUCCUUCAGAUGUGCAGGCCGCGCGCAACGAAGCCCUAGCUGACAAGACACGUACCCUCAAUGUCCCUGCGCCAGGCAACGGCUCCCUUAACAUGAUGGCAGGAAGGCCCAUCAAAGUCGAAGUCGAUGCUGCGACCGCCUUCCACAGCAUCUCUGCGGAGCUCGGACACGCUCAGGCGGACUCUAUGGACGCCGGAAGUAUCCGCCGUGGAUUCCAACCCACCACGCAGUCGCCCGUGCCGGUCAAGACCGAGCAAAUGGAGGAAGAGGUUGUAUUGCAACAGUCCACGGGGACUCUCGUCGGGUACGACAGCACACAGCCGGAGCAUGCCAUCCACAAGGUCGAGCCAUCCCAUCGCGGUGAAUUGGAGGACACAGCGGAAGCGAACCUGCAACGGGAGAUCAGGAAGUCCGAACUAGGCGAGCUGCAGCUCGUCAAAGAUUGUACACACUGGCUCCGUGGGAUCAACGACACGCGUGACCGCUUGCGUUGCUUGAGGGAGGAGAAUAGCCGCUUCCGCGCGAUACAUGCGAGCAAUAUUGCAGAUGAAACGCGGAUGCUGCACAGUAUCCGCGCUGUUGAGCGGGAUCUGGGUCUUUUGCGGCGGUAGACAUCGCAGCCCAAAUACGAGAGGUUUCGGUGCUGUCGACAUCGUAUCUUCUUGUACCCUAGACUACGACGCCUCCGAUCUUCAGAUCUAAAUUGUUCAUUGAUCGCUCGGAACAACUCUGUGUGAGCGUAUUGAAUAAUACAUUCGUGGUUCACAUUGC